AUGCUUCUCCAGCCAGAGUCUUCCUCGAAGCCUCGCAAUGAUUCCCCGCCCGGGUUCAAGUUCCAUUCUUCGUGCGAUACGUGUCUCAAGGCCAAGAUCAAAUGUAGCCAAGCGAAACCGACAUGCGCUCGGUGUCUCCAGCAAGGUCGCCAAUGUGUAUAUAGUCCAUACCGCAAGAUUGGCCGGCCCUCCACCAAGAAUCUUCCCCUGGACCAGCUGCAGCAACCAAAGGGGAGGACGGCGGGAGGGACGGCCCGCAGAAGCUUAUCACGACGAGUUUCCCUCGCAUCUCCCGGCAUUGAGAACGGAUCCAGGGUAGGCAAUGUCCGUCAUGCAACAAAUAGAGUCUUGCAUGCCCAGGAGUCAGUCUUGGUGCCAAGCCAGACCUGGUCCGACCAGGAAUUAACGGGAAAUAUCAACCGUUUGGACUAUGGGUUAGAAGGGACCAACUGGUCCGCCUUGGAGGGGCUUUUAGAUGCAUCCAUGUCGACGCUACCCCAGGCCGACCACGAGUUAGCCUCUGCAGUCCCCCGGUUGGACCAGGUUCAUGAUCUAGAUCCUAACCCCGGCCAAGAAGACCUCACAGGUUACUUGAGCCCUUCGUCAUUAAGUAGCCGAGAAUCCCUCGCCACGACAUUCCCCCCCUGA